AUGUACACUGCCCUCGAGCCCAGUAAUGAUCAACCGAAAGCACCUCAGCAUUCGUCUGACUCUGGGAAUCCAAUCUACUUGCGUGAAGUCGGCAUGAAAAGUGGGAUUGGAGAGUCUGAUGAAAAGCAGUCUCUGGUUGAACCGGCCAACCAGUCCGACGGUUCGUAUUCCGCCACACCCACAACUGCAGUCGUCCCAAUGCACAAUCACUCCUCCCGAGCCAAUCAGGUGACGUCAGCGCCUGAUGACCCUGCGGACGUUGGCAAGGUUGCAAUGGGUGUGGCUGAGGUGAGCGCGAAGGGAGAGCCAACGCCGACGAAACAAAGUCGGCAGCAUCCUUUUACAGAUGGUGCAGCAAGCGAACCGAAGCCGCUGCUUUCACUAAACGAAGACUCAGUUCUCUUCACCACAGUAGACAGCGACAUGGGGGAGUCAACUGGCAUUCGGGUCCGCAGGCCAAGGCGGCGUUGGAGGCCAACACGGUGCGAGGGUGUACUCCUGGCUAUUGUUGGCAUUCUCAUCGCCAUUCUCCUUCUUUUAAUCUUUUUGGCCUUGAGCAGGCCAGCGACAGGUUAG